AUCCUCAGCUACUUGCCUUUGCACCAAUGCAAAUAUCUUUGAACCAUCCAUAAAAAUGUGAACAUGGAUAAAUGAUUUCGAGCAAGGGUGUAUUUGCUCACGUGUUUUUUCCCCCUCUCCGCUCCACUUAUAUAUCCAACAUUGCUUCGUCCUGCAUCCACUUUGUUCAUUAUUUUAGAUAGCCAUCUAUUUUACUUAUUUUGAAUCUCUAAUUACUUGCAACUAUUUUACAUGUUGUAACUCUGAUAAACCUUUAUUAUAAUCAAACACGCACCAUUCAAGAUGAAAUUCCAGCCAACAGCCGAGGAAUUGGGCCACGCAAUAACCCACCUCGAUGAUGAACGGGACGAUCAAAACAUCUCCUUAUCCAAGGGCUCGGGGUCGAAAUGGAGGUCAGAACACCUUGAAGCACUUCGAGUGGCGUAUUUAGACAACCUAGCUCUCGAAAGGUUGUUUCCGUCACAGUUUAUCCCUUCCGACCACCACCAAGCAUACUCGGAGCUGGUUCGAGCAAUCAGGGCACCUUCCGAGGAUGACCUAAAGGGAUCUGUGGACCUGCUGGACCCGUACAGUGAUAACAGAUUCUUCGGUCUCUUCAGUCUAAUUUCAGAGGCAAUCGCGACACGCCCAGCACACAUUCCCGGAACACAGGGUGCGAUGAGAAACCCCAGUCCCGAGAGUGAUCUAUCAUCUUCCAGCGCCGAAGACAAGGACGAAGAGGCCUCAAGGCAGAUGUUUUUCGGACUUUUCAACCCGAUUACCGCGUCUCUGAAACAUAAACCCAUGGAGUAUAAUAGUAUCAACUAUCGAAUUAGACCAAACGUAACUAGCACAGAUAUGAAAUUGCAGCGUGGGGAGAACACUGUGACAGUAAGGAAUGACGGAGGCCUUUAUCUCAUCCGAUCGGGUCAAUAUACAGGCUCCAACAGAUACGGAACAGUUCCACUAGUAUCAUUCGAGGCUAAGCGACGUCACGCGGGCAACAUUCGUCGUCCUGGAGGAGAGAAUGAGAAGUAUUCAGCAACUGUCCUGGCUCAGGAAGUCGCGGAGCUUUUGGCCCAAGCCAUCAACCACAACGAGCAACUCGGUAAAACAAAUGACCAAGAGUCAUUUGUUAUUAGUAUUCACGGAGCCGUUCUCAGACUGUCAGCCGCUCGUUUCGAUGCCGCUUAUCUGUCGCAUGUCAAGAGCGGACUGGUGCCAGCGGAAGAAACGGCUUGGGUGAGGCGUUCCUCUCCCUUCAAUCUAAGGGAGAGGGAUGGAAGAGAGGGUGCUCUGAAACUUUGCAUUGGCCUCCUCGAGUACCUCCGAAGUGGCGAAGCAGAAGUAGGGCUCUUGCAGCAAAUAUUUAAGAAGUGAUCUGGGAAGGAACGCUAGUGGGAAAAGAACACAAGACUGCCGAAAUGAGCUUCAAAGCUUCCCUUCUGUCAUUGACAUUUAUAAGUUCAUAUGAAUGUGAAUGGGAAAUCAGAAGAUGCGAUGCCAAUGGUGUAUCUCGCAAUAAAGACUCUAUGUAAGGGCGAGAGAAUUGUGCAGUGGUGAGAGACAGAUGUGUUCCUGCUAUGCGUAAAACAAAUGCUCUGUAGCUCUGGAGAUUCGGCGCAUCUACGUAAGCGAGAUAUGCUUGUAUGAGAAUCUGGGAGAUCUCAGUAGCGGAGAGUGGCGCAUCUUUGCUUUCUUGGGCCUGCAAUUCUCUGUUAGC